AGUGCCUUUGUUCUGAGCUUUCAUCGUAAAUCCUAUUAUGAAGUGCAUCAGCGGGACUGGAUACAGUUGAAAAGUGUUGUCGACGGAGACAAAAUUAACCAUGUCGAAACUAUCAAUAGACGAUUUGCCAGAUGCCGACGAUCGAUUCGUUAUCGAAGAAUGCAUCGGUACUGGGAUUUGCGGGAAGGUCUUUAGCGCUGUGGAUAAAGGGUCGAACGAUAGGAGGGUUGCUAUUAAAACGCAGAGGGUUAAUAGGGAGUCGAUGGGUUACAUACAGGAGGAACAUAGGGUGCUGAUGGCCCAUUCCGAACAUCCUAAUAUGCCCGAUUUCUACGGAGCCUAUAGGAAGGUUGGAGAAAGCGAGGACGAGGUUUGGUUCAUCCUGGAGUUAUGCGAAGGAGGUUCAGCAAUUGACUUAGUAAAUGGACUUCUUUAUAAAAACAGAAGGAUGGGCGAAGAGCACAUUGCUUACAUUCUGAAGGAAAUAAUCAAGGCGAUAAUGCACCUUCAUGAAAAUCGUGUGAUGCAUCGUGAUAUUAAAGCAAGCAACAUUUUACUAACAAAGGAUGGAGACGUCAAAUUAGCCGAUUUUGGACUAUCAAGACAUCUCAGCAGUACUUUAGGUAAAAGUGAUUCUUGCAUUGGCUCCCCUUGCUGGAUGGCCCCUGAAGUGGUAAUUAGCAAUCCUGAUGACAACGAAAGCGGAUACGGAAAUAGGGCUGACAUUUGGGCAAUAGGGAUCACAGCCAUAGAAUUGGCUGAAGGUUUAGCACCAUUUGAAAAUAUGCAUCCUACCAGAGCUAUGUUCCAGAUUGUGAGAAAUCCACCGCCCACUUUAUACAGACCUGCUAGUUGGUCGGAAAGUUUCAAUGAUUUUAUUAACGAAUGUUUAGUUAAAAACCCAGAACAUCGACCAUUUAUAAUGGAACUUUUGGAACAUCCAUUUCUGGGCGAAGUUCCAGAAAACAAUUAUCAUCUCUCUCAAGAAAUCAAGAGUUUAAUUCAAGACUACUCACGUUGUGGAAAACAACAUUCGAAAUACGAAGAUACACUUGUUAAUACCAAUUUCUAUAAGCGGUCCAGAGACGAUCGAAUGGAAAAAAUGUACGUGGAAGAUUUAGCAGCAUUGGAUAAGUUAUCCGAGGAGACAAUAAUACAAGAACUUCAAGCACGGAUGAAGCAAUUACAAUACCAUACCUUCGUUGGAGAUAUUUUGCUUGUUUUAAAUCCAAACGAAAACCACGAUAUUUAUGGAGAAGAAUAUCACAAAAAGUAUGUAUUCAAAUCGAGAUCCAACAAUCCUCCUCACAUUUACGCUGUGGCUGAUAGCGCAUAUCAAGAUGCGUUGCAUCACUAUGUGCCACAAAACAUUGUUCUCUGUGGUGAAACAGGAUCUGGGAAAACAACCACUUGCCUCCACUUACUUGAUCAUCUUCUAUAUAUGGGAAAAAACGAAAACAUUAACAACGAACGAAUCUCGAAAGGAAUGAAACUGAUCCACGCCUUGACACAUGCAUCAACUCCGAUGAACGACUAUUCCACAAGAUGUGUCUUGAAAACGGAAAUUACUUAUGGUAAAACCGGAAAAGUUUCCGGUGCUAUAUUUAAUGUUGUACAACUAGAAAAGUGGCGUGUUUCAUCCGUAGAAAUGAACCAAUCAAACUAUAAUAUGUUGUAUUAUUUAUAUGAUGGGUUAAAUAAAGAGAAUAAGCUAAAUGAAUAUAAUCUUUCACCGGGAAGGAAACAUCGCUAUUUGAGGAUUCCUAAAGAUAGUCCCAUGAAAAAUCGUCCAAGAGAUGAUCCAGAAAGAAAUGCAAAACAAUUAAAAGAGUUCGUUGAAACUUUGAACAUGUUUCAAUUUACAGAUGAACAAAUUGAGAGCAUAUUUAAAAGUCUAGCAUCUAUUUUGAUUUUGGGAGACGUUAGAUUCAAAGAAUUGUCCAUUAAUAUGGCCGAAAUAGAAAACGAGGACAUGGUACAGAAAGCGGCUAAACUCUUGGAUAUAGACGAGAAGAAGUUGAGUUGGGCUUUGACCAACUAUUGUUUGAUUAAGAAGGGAUCUGCGGUUCGACGAAAACAUAAUUGCGACGAAGCUAGAGAUGCAAGGGAUGUUUUAGCAAACACAAUUUAUACGCGUCUCGUCGAUUAUAUAGUAAAUUACAUUAAUUACAAACUAUCUUAUGGAAGGGCGAUAUUUGGACAUGAGUAUACAGUGAAACUUUUAGAUUUUUUCGGAUUCGAAAGUUACAGAGAAAACCAUCUUCCCCAAUUGUUAAUAAACACGUUUAAUGAGCAACUUCACUAUCACUUUCUGCAACGAAUUUUCGCCUGGGAAGCAUUGGAGAUGACCGAAGAAGAAGUUCCCUUUACACCAUUGCAUUAUUAUGACAACAAGAACACUUUGGAUCAAAUUUUAGGGAAACCGGAAGGCGUUAUUACACUAAUAGAUGAUGCGUCAAAGAUGGGUCAUGGCGGAGAAUACGUUAUAGAUUAUCUCAAUAAUGCAGAUCAUGAGAAAGUUAAAGUCUUAUCCCAAAUGGAAUUCAGCAUUUCGCACUUUACAGGCUCCGUUUCAUAUAAUGCUAAAGAAAUGGCAGACAGAAACCGCGAUUUCUUGCCACCAGAGAUCAUCGAAUCGCUUCGACUCUCAAAAGAUUGCAUCAUCAAGUCGUUUUUUGUUAAUAAACUUACGAAAACAGGAAACCUGUUUACAUCAUUCGAUGAGAAUUCCGUUACGAAUAAAAGUAAACCCAAAUGUAGUUCAUCUUCGGAAGACGAAAAUAAGGGUGCUGCGCAUCAAUAUUCGCAAAUAAAAAAAAUGCGCACUUCGGCUUCAACUUUUCGGUCUUUAUGCUUGGAUAUACUUAAAGAGCUUUCGGUUGGUGGAGGCGCCGGGGGAACCCACUUUGUAAAGUGCAUUCGGUCCGAUUUGGAGGGUCAACCAGGCGGAUUUCAUACAGAAAUAAUUAAACAACAGCUACGAGCAAUGGCUGUGUUAGAUACAGCAAGGGCAAGGCAGAAGGGUUAUCCGCAUAGAAUUUCGUUUUCGGAAUUUUUGCGCAGAUAUAAAUUUUUGGCAUUUGAUUUUGAUGAAAAUGUUGAAAUAUGCAAGGAUAACUGCAGAUUGCUUCUGGUGAGAUUAAAAAUGGAAGGUUGGCUAAUUGGCAAGACCAAAGUAUUCUUGAAAUAUUACAAUGAGGAGUAUUUAGCAAGAUUGUAUGAAACUCAAGUGAAGAAAAUUAUUAAGAUUCAGAGCAUGCUACGGGGCUUUUUAGCUAAAAUGAGGAUGAAAAAGAGAUUGGCUGGUGACCAAAAAAAACAAUAUCACCAAAGCACCGAAGGGGAAAUGGACGAAGAAAAAGCGGCUCUUGUCCUACAAAAAGCAUAUCGUGGUGUAGCUAGUAGAAAAGGAUACAACACAUUAGUAGAAUCUCAGUACGAGAAACUAGAUGCAGACACGUGUAAUUUUAUUAGAUUUUUUUGUAUGAAAUGGAAAGCUAAAUCUAUAUUUCAAGUACUUCUUCAAUAUAGAGCGGCCACGCAUCACGAGCUUUUCAAUCUCUCCCAACAGAUCCAUUUGUUUAACCAACACUUGGUAUACAAUUUACAAAAAUUUAACAACAACAUUGGUAGAGAUUUGAUCGAUUCUCACGCUCAACCGAGCACAUGGUUAGGAGAAAGGAAACCGGCUAUAUUGAAAUUACCAUUCAGGUUAAAUGAUAUACCGUAUUUCGACACUUCCUACAUGUGCGAUCCUUUAACAAAUCCUUGGAAUACAAUAGAAAAGGAAGAGGAUUGGGACGCUCCUUUCCGUUGGAGAGAAACAGUGUCUUCGCAAAUAACAUUAUCGCUCUUGAAAGAAGAACAAGAAAAUAAAAUUUGCAAACCGUAUUCCGCCCAUUGCAAGCCCCAUCCCACUCUCCAUAAUCCUUACAUCGAAUACAUCAGUAAUAUACCUUAUAAUAGGGAUCCCAACGUACCAAUUAAACGAUUGUCUGCCAUAGGAACUGACCCAGAUUUUUCAAACUGUCCUAUAAAUAUUAUGAACCCCAAUUAUUCCGAGCACAAGACUUUUCAGCCACCACCGCCACCAAUGAUGAACUCUCCGAUAACCUAUAACAAUAGUCCAUACAAGAAUGGUGAUAAUGAAAAUUAUAUGCAUUCUAGAAAACAAACGUUUGAUUCGCCAAAAAAAUAUUCCCACCAGCAUGAACGCAGAGACUCUCAUUCCGGAUACGCUAAGUUCAAAAAUCAUAUGGAUUAUGAACAAUCAAACAAUAAGUAUGAUUUUCGCGAUAAAGAAUAUAAUAGCCCCAAAAACCAUCGAAAUAAAGCAAGAGAUUUUAAAGAUUUUCAAGAAAAGGAAAGUUAUAAUCAACCUCAUGGCUAUAAUAGUAACAAAGAGCAGGAGUAUCAAAAACUGGACGUCAGACAGUCGUACAGCUCACAACGAAAUUCUCUUAAAAAAGUAUACGAUUCCCCAAAAUCAAAUAAUAAGUACUCGAUCCCAAAGGAAGGAGAUAAUUAUAGCCCUAAAACAAAGCACUCAUCAAAGGAAUACGAAUCACCCAAAUACUCAUACAACAAAGAAAAGCUCGAUUAUAGUCCAAGAAUGGGAUACCCCAAACCAGCAACUAAAGAUAACGAUUACAUAAAAUCAAACAGUUCUUACAGAUCGAACAAUCCUGGUCAAGUUGUUAAUCCCAUAACGGAGUUGAAAAGCUUAGGAAAACGUGAUAGUAUUUCCGAUGAUGAACCGCCCUUCAAUUUUCAGGGAAUGCUGCGUAAAACAAAAAUUACUCGAAAUUCUGUAAAGGAAACGUUUGAAAAUAUAAGGUCUUACUCGUUGAAGAAAAAGAACGAUUAUAACAAUGAGAGCGAGAAAAGUAGCAGAAACAGUACGUUGAGAAAAAUUAAGUCCAUGGAUCAUCUGAAUAGCGAAAAAUUAGAGUUGGCUCCCGGUAUCUUCAUGGAAGGCGUAGUUGCUGAUCUAUAAAUUGUAAUCAUACAUAAUAUUAAAAUUACUUUUAGUGCUUAAAAAUGUAUCCGCUUUUCACAGUAAAUUAUAAUUAUAUAAUUAUAAUAAAGCAUAGAUUAUUCUGUU